AUGCACAAACUGCUACGGCGGCAGCCAUGGACAUGUACCAGAUGUCUCCGCAAGCAGCAGCGACACCAUACUACGGCCGCAGGAACUGCUGCUCCGGCUACAAUAGCAGAUAAUGCCUUCGAGUCUGCAUACCUUCACGCCUCACCCACUCGAAACAGUGACAAUGCGCUUCUCCGCGAGGUCUUCAACAACAAAGGCACAUGGCGGACCUCUGAGAAGAAAAGCUCGGGCCUGAUAGGGAACAUUCAUCUGACGACUGAGCGAGGCUUCCAAACCUUUGCGGAGACGUCGGUGGCACAGUGCAAGAGGUUGGUCGAGAGAACACUUGCUGCGGCUACAGUGGACGAGUAUAGAGCCAUCCCUAAAGACCUUGACCGGCUCAGCGAUCUGCUAUGUCGGGUCAUCGACUUGUCCGACUUUAUCAGGAGCAUCCAUCCUAGUGCGGCGGUCGCGGCAGCUGCAUCGGCGUCAUACUCCCUGAUGUUCCAGUACAUGAAUGAGCUGAACACAACCACCGGGCUGAAUCAGCAGCUGCGGAAGGCGUGGAACAUGCCUGAAGUGCUGUCGCAUUGGAAUGAGGAGGAGAAGAUGGUGGCGCAACUGCUGAUGAAGGACUUUGCUAAGUCGGGUAUCGAUCUGCCCGAGGAACAGAGGCAACAGUUUGUUUCUCUGUCGAAUGAUAUCGCCCAGGUAGGCACCGAUUUCAUCAACCAGAUGGACCAUGCCAAGGACCAUGUCACUCUCCUGCGCCAGCAGCUCGAUGGCGUCGAUCCCACUCUAGUCAAGGGCCUCCGGUCUUGGGAGCGGGUGCAGAUUCCAGUCUACAGUUCGGCAUCUAAGGUGAUCAUGAACUCAGCCAACAGCCCAGAAACUAGGAAAGCGCUGUAUAUUGCCGAGCGGACGGCAUCUAGACAGACUGUCGCCCGACUCGAACAGCUCCUGCUCCGUCGUGCCGAGUUGGCGAAGCUCACGGGCUACGAUAGCUACGCACAAAUGACGCUGGCUGACAAAAUGUCCAAGACGCCGGCAGCUGUAAGUAACUUCUUGGAGUCGCUGAAUGCAAACAACAAAGUACAGGUCCAGAAGGAACUGGCGCCUUUGCUGGAGCUCAAACGCAGAAUCGACCAUAAUGCAACCACCAUCGACCCUUGGGACCAUUCUUACCUGCUGACCAAGCUGGCGCAAGCCGAGGCCGCAGCAGGGCCACGCACCUCCAGGUCGCGUCUGCGCGAGACCGUCAGCAACUAUUUCGCCCUCGGACAUGUCAUGCAAGGUCUGUCGAACCUGUUCGAGUCACUAUAUGGCGUCCGGCUUGUGCCGAAAGAGACCCAACAAGGCGAGGUCUGGCAUUCGGAAGUCCGCAGGCUGGACGUCUACACGGACAAGCAGCAGCACAUAGCAACCAUGUAUUGCGACCUGUUCUCUCGGCCGGGGAAACUGCCAAACCCUGCACACUUUACGCUCCUCUGUUCCCGUGAGAUCUCCGACGAAGAAGUCCAGGAAUGCCAGGAACGAGGCGAGCCCUUGAACAGCGGCAUGCCGACGCUCCUGGGACCGAAAUCUAGCUCUGCUUCUUCCACGACAUCGGGCGAUCCAGCAGCGUCGGGGCAGGCGCAUUACCAGGUCCCGAUCAUCGCUCUGGUGUGUGGGUUUCCGGACCCUAGCACAUCGGUGGGCCCCUCGCCGUCCCUCCUGUCCCUGCACAGCGUGACGACGCUGUUCCAUGAAAUGGGCCACGCCAUCCACAGCAUCCUAGGCCGGACCUCGAUGCAGGGCAUUUCCGGCACACGCUGCGCCACCGACUUUGCCGAACUCCCCUCCGUCUUGAUGGAAUACUUCGCCACCGACCCGGCCGUGCUCAAGAGCUUUGCGCGACAUUGGCAGACCGACGCCAUCAUCCCCGACGAACUGUUGACCGCUCUGGCCGACGAGCGCACGAAACAGGCCGAACGCUCUGGCGGCUGGAACGACGAGGCCCAGAUCCUCAUGUCCAUUCUCGACCAGGUCUACCAUUCCACCGGCCCCGUGGAGGCUUUGGAGCGCACAGGCCGCUACGAUUCGACGGCCGUCUAUCACGAUGUCUGGAACAAGUACGGCAGCGUGGCGGAGCCGCGGCGGACGGCGUGGCAAGGCUUCUUUGGCCACCUGUACGGCUAUGGCGCGAGCUACUACUCCUAUCUGUUCGACCGGGCUAUUGCCCGCCAGGUCUGGCGCGCCGUGUUCAGAGACGGGCACGAUAAUGCCGCGCUCGAUCGGGAGGCCGGGGAGCGCUUCAAGCAGGAGGUGCUGCGCUGGGGUGGCGGACGCGAUCCCUGGCUCUGUCUCGAGAGUCUGAUGGGCGAGGGCCGCGGCAUCUUGGCUGAGGGAGGCGAAGAGGCCAUGCUUGAGGUCGGCAGGUGGGGUGUUGGUGCGUCGAGUGACGGUGCAAUGUAA